UCUCAGUCCUUGCCCGAGCUGAAGGUGAAGGACGCGGAGAAGGUAGCAGUCGAUACUCUUCCUGUCAUCCCGGAGGAAGGCAAUGUUGGUCUGUCGGAGUUCGAGGCAGCCAAGAAAGCUGGGGUGCAGGUCACGAAGACGGAAACUCGCAAGAUCGCGCUGAAGAUUGACAUGUUCAUUCUUCCCAUGCUGUGCAUUUCACAAGGACUCAGCUAUCGUGAGCUCAACUAUGGUAACCUCUAUGGUAUGAAGACGGACCUCAAUGCCGGAGGCAAUCAGUGGCCAUGGUUGGCGAGUUGUGACUUUGGUUACUUGAUUGGCAACUACCCCAUGGGCUGGCUCUUGCAACGUUACCACUCAGGGAGAGUGUUCUCGAUAACUACCUUCCUAUGGGGAGUCAUCAUCAUUGCGGUUGCCGGUGCAAAGAAUUUCAGCAGCGCUCUUGCAGCAUACCAGCUUCUUCUGGGCAUUGUCGAGUCUAUCGUCACCCCGGGCUUGACUCUACUGACAGCUGUAUGGUACGCCCAGUCUGAAGUCCCGCUGCGCACCAUGAUCUGGUACAGCUUCAAUGGCUGGGGUGGGAUCUUCGGCGGGUUCAUGUCAUACGGCGUCGGUCGCAUCAAGAACGCGUCGCUCGAGAAAUGGCACCUGUCCUAUGCUCUUGUGCUAGCGCUCUUCUUCCCCGAUUCUCCCGUCAGCGCGACUUUCUUGCGGAAGGACGAGAAGCUCAAGGCGGUGAAGCGCGUCGCAGAGGCGAAGAAUGGCAUCAAGAACACCGAGUUCAAGGUGUACCAGGUCAAGCAAGCGUUGGCUGAUCCCAAGACGUGGCUGCUCUUCGUUGCGUCCGUCGCCGCUCAGAUUCCCAAUGGCAUCGUAUCGAACUUCUCAACGAUCAUCAUCAAGGGAAUGGGAUUCACGACUCUUCAGACCACCCUGCUCGACGCUGCAUCUUCCGGCGUGCAGAUUGCAAGUCUGAUCGCCGCUGGCCUGAUCACUACACACAUCAAGAACACGCGUGUGACCACUAUGGCCACUGGAAACAUUGUCUGCAUCAUCUCCGCGGCGUGUUUGACGUACCUGCCGUCUGACCAGAAGUGGAACCGUCUGGUUGCGUACUGGUUCACCUCUUUCCAGGCGCGUAUCGGAGGCUUCACCAAGCGAACGUUCACUACUGCGUUGACCUUUAUCGGCUAUUGUGUAGGCAACAUCAUCGGCCCUCACUUUCUCAUCUCCAGCGAGGCCCCUACGUACCAGACUGGCACACGUGCGAUGUUCAUUGGAUACUGCAUCAAGACGGCUGCCCACUUAUUGCUGGGUCUGUACAUGUGGAGGAGCAACGUGAAGAAAGAUCACGCAUACGGCAAGGUCAUCUUGGAAGAAGACCAGCUCAAGGGCGAAGAGGCCGGCAUGCAUGACCUCACGGAAUUCGAGAAUACUUACCACAGGUAAAUACGUCCUGUGAGGACCUGCCAGUAUCUCCGACGUUCUUACCUGGGGCCGCCGGGAAUUCCGGCCGACACGUUUGACAUUGAUUGAUGACCUGACUACGCCGCCUUGAACUUCACACCCAACGUGGAUGCUAUAGAGCAUAUAUUGCCUGCGUAGACACUGGAUGCCCUGUGAUACAAUGGACGAGAGUUGUGGAUGGUAGAUUGAAAUGAGGGAGAGUCGAACCGCAAUGUAUUUAGCGCUGACUGAAGAUAAGCAGCGGGCGGCAAUCUAAUCUCAGUAGAUG